GAGUUUGACAACCCUGAUUUAGGGCAUUUUUAUAGAAAGUCUCAGAAAACAUGUAUAGAUUCUUAUUAUAGUUUACUUGACCCUAGUUCCAAAAUGUGACUAUUGCAUUGUGGAAAGGAAAAAGAAGCCUUGCCCUUUAAGGAAAGAGGCAAAACUUUUUCUUUUGUGAAUUCAAAUUUCCGGGCUGGGAGAUUUUACUGCAAAAUAAUUGGUCAGCUGCAUUGGAAAACAGAAUCAGUUUAUUAAUAGGAAGGCAAGUAAGAAGAAGUCCUACAGUGUUUCUGGGAUUAAUCUAAUAAGAUCAUGGAUUUUCCAGGACACUUUGAGCAAAUCUUCCAGCAGUUGAACUAUCAACGGCUUCAUGGUCAACUUUGUGAUUGUGUCAUUGUGGUUGGAAAUAGGCACUUCAAAGCACAUCGUUCUGUUUUGGCAGCAUGCAGCACACACUUCCGAGCUCUCUUCACCGUGGCAGAAGGAGAUCAGACUAUGAAUAUGAUCCAGUUAGACAGUGAAGUAGUGACAGCUGAAGCUUUUGCUGCUCUCAUUGAUAUGAUGUACACCUCUACACUCAUGCUUGGAGAGAGCAAUGUUAUGGAUGUGUUGCUAGCAGCUUCUCACCUCCAUUUGAACUCUGUGGUAAAAGCAUGCAAACACUAUCUCACUACAAGGACAUUACCCAUGUCUCCACCAAGUGAUAGAGUUCAAGAGCAGAAUGCACGCAUGCAGCGGUCUUUCAUGCUUCAGCAGCUUGGGUUAAGUAUAGUGAGCUCUGCUUUAAAUUCUACCCAAAGCACAGAAGAGCAGACAAAUUCUAUGAGCUCGUCGGUCAGAAGCAACAUUGAACAACGAAGUGCUUUUCCAAUACGGCGUCUCCAUAAACGUAAACAGUCUUCUGAAGAAAGGGCUAGACAACGCAUUAGGCCUUCCAUGGAUGAUUCUAUCAUGUCAGAUGUUACUCCUGAAAGUGCACAGACUGUGGUUCAUUCACGAGAUGAAUUUUUUUCCCCAGACUCCUUGAAAAUUGUGGACAAUUCCAAGACGGAUGGUGUGAGUAACCAGGAAGAUAAUACCGUUAUGUUUGAUCAAUCCUUUGGUGCCCAGGAAGAUCCUCAAGUGCCCAGCCAAUCUGACAACAGUGGGGGAACUAUUUCUCAAAUGUCUAUGGCAUCGCAGGCGACUCAAGUUGAAACUAGUUUUGAUCAAGACACCACUUCUCAAAAAAACAAUUUUCAGUGUGAGAAUCCUGAGGUUGGACUAAGUGAAAAAGAACACAUGAGAGUAGUGGUGAAAUCUGAACCUUUGAGUUCUCCAGAGCCCCAGGAUGAAGUGAGUGAUGUCACAUCCCAAGCAGAGGGAAGUGAAUCGGUUGAAGUGGAAGGUGGAGGAGUAAAUGCUGAAAAAAUAGAACUGAGCCCUGAAAGCAGCGAUCGUAGUUUUUCUGACCCACAGUCUAGUACCGAUAGAGUGGGGGACAUUCAUAUUAUGGAGGUAGGAAAUAACAUAGAACACAAGUCCACUUUUAGUAUUUCAAACUUUCUGAAUAAGAGCCGAGCCACUAGUUUUGGUGCUAGCCAGAAUCAUGAGGACAACAUUCCAAAUACAACUAGUGACUGCAGAAUGGAUGGUGAUGCCUCUUAUUUAAUUAGCCCUGAAUCUGGGCCUGCUAAUAGUCAUUCUUCAGCUUCUGUUUCUCAUGUAGAGAAUCCUUUUAAUGAGAGCACAGACUCGCAUUUUGUCAGGCCUAUGCAGGAUGUCAUGGGCCUGCCUUGUGUACAAACGUCUGGCUACCGUACAGCAGAGCAAUUUGGGAUGGACUUUCCAAGAUCGGGCCUCGGAUUGCAUUCUUUGUCAAGGGCGGUAAUGAGCUCAAGGGGGGGCGCCAACAGCUUUCCUGGGUAUCGUCGCAUAGCCCCCAAAAUGCCUGUCGUGACUUCUGUUCGGAGCUCUCAAAUGUCAGACAAUGCUCCGAGUUCUCAAUUGCUAAUGAACGGGGCUACUUCCUCUUUUGAAAACGGGCAUUCUUCUCAGCCUGGCCCACCACAGCUGACCAGAGCGUCGGCUGAUGUUCUUUCAAAGUGUAAAAAGGCCUUAUCUGAACACAAUGUCCUGGUAGUAGAAGGUGCUCGCAAAUAUGCCUGCAAAAUUUGCUGCAAGACUUUUCUGACCCUCACAGACUGCAAGAAGCACAUUCGCGUGCAUACUGGGGAGAAACCGUAUGCUUGCUUAAAGUGUGGCAAGAGGUUCAGUCAGUCGAGCCAUCUGUAUAAACAUUCCAAAACUACUUGUCUUCGUUGGCAGAGCAGCAAUAUACCCAGCACUUUGCUUUAAUUCUUUUCCUCUGUCCCAUGUUGCCAAUAAUUUUAGGAAAGCAUGGAGUAUAAGAGGCAAACACUUACAGUGUGAUUCUGCCACACACCUUAAAAAAAAGGCUUGAUUAUUUUUAAUACUUGUACCAUACCUACCUCACAGGGGUGUUGUGAGGCUUAAACAACUUUUUAAAAGCGCUUUGAAAUUAUCCAGCUCUAUCACAAACAAAAAAGAUUGCAAUCCUUGGGAGAAAGCCCCAUUGAAUGUUCUGGGGUUUAUUUCCAAGUAAGCAUGUUUAGGAUUGGGCUGUACAUAUUACAUAAGGAUACAAUACUUGGUAUUGUUCUUUCUGAUUGGAUGGUCUGAAAGAAUAAAGCCUACUUGUACAGCUAAUGCAUAAUUAGCUAGUAUUGUUAUAAGAUGAAGGGCAAACUUUUUAAUGGCUUUUUUAAUGAUGUGAAAGCAUUUAUCUGUAUAAUAGGUCGCUUAGUGUGUGUGAACAACAUAACAAAGAGCUCUUUAUUGUGAAAGGUUACAUAUCUUGAAGAUGAAACCAUCUUUGCACCUCAAAGUGCUUUUAAAGUGUGUGAUAGUUUAACAUAGUUUUAGGGGUCUGAAUGUAUUUUUGAUUGUUUUGCAGUAACAUACACUGUGUAAUGAAGGUGCUUACCUUGAAUACAAUGCAAGUACGUUUUAGACUGUCUGAUAUAUGUGUGUGUGUGUAUGUAUAUACACACACUUUUGAAUACUGCAAAAUUUAGGUGUUUCAUAGUUUUCCUUUUGUAAAAUCUUGUACUAGAAAGUGAAGUGUUUAUGUAUUAUUCUUGAUAGUGUUUCUAAUCAAUUUGUAUUCAAUGUGUUAAAA